GCGAGUUGGUCACGUGAGCGAAGAUGGCGGUUUUGACGGAGGAACAUUUCAGCGCUUUUCAGAUGCUUUUAAAGGCACCUUCCAAGGACGCGGUGAGGCAGCUCUGUAAGGACAGUUUUCCUUCCGGGGCCCCGGAGUCGCGACAGCUCAUCGAACGCGCAGCCGCAACACUCUCUGUGUCUGCAGGUGAAGCCCAACGGCUGCUCCUGGCGCUGCACACCCUCUCUCACCACAUCCUGUUCCACAGCCUGGUGGCACCCGAGCAGAUCCUUGCUUUGUUCCCUGAAGCGUUCCACCCCAGUCUCAAGAACCUGCUCACCAAGAUCCUCCUGGAGCAAAGCCCCACAUGGAGGAGUGAAGCCCUGGCCAAUCAAAUUUCCCUCCCCAGGCUGCUGGAGAUGGACUGGCGGGUGGAUAUGAAGACAGCAUCUGACUCAGUCAGCCGCAUGGCUGUGCCGACCUGCUUGGUGCAUAUGAAGCAGGUGCAGCACAGUCAGGCCACACCCACUUUGGAUUCUCUCUCCUCGGUGACUGUGGAGCUGAGUCGCGAGACCCUGGACACCAUGCUGGACGGACUGGGCCGGAUCCGAGACCAGUUGUCUGUAGUGGCUGGCAAAUAAAAUCCCGCGGUGUGGACAGCAAACCAUGGAGAAUCACAUCUGGAUCUGCACCCUUUCGUCCACUGGUGGACAUGCGUCUGACUGCGAACGACUGCUCGGUGGAAGAGAAAGAGUUAACAUAGGCAUUACAGCGGAACACCUUUUAAUCGUCCUUCUUCUUUAGUUGUGUUCGGUAGUCUUAGUGACUGAGACGUAAAAUGAGAAAAUUCCAAGCCCAAGUUAUACAUGCACCCAGUGAAAAUAUCAGACUUAAAAAAAAAAAAAAAUCCCCUGAAGCCACAGGUAAGGUGUCCAUGGAAAUGUAUUUCAGUAAGUCAAGUUCUACAGAGUUUUCUGUUGGACCCUGUGAGGGUUCUGCACUUCUGGUCUCACUCCACCCCUUGGCUACUGCUUUAGACCAGUCCUGAAUAAAAAUGUUACCUUUGCUAACCAGUUACAAUUAAAUAUGUAACAGGAGUAAUUCUUACACUUAAGAGCGACUUCCUGGAUCUCCUAUUGCGUUCAAUGCGGCAGUGCCAUCUGCCGGUCGGAACCAAUUACUGCACUCAGUACACUCUUGGGACGGGUGCCCUCUGGUGGUCACUCUAGCUCUGCACUAGAAAGGCCACCUGCACUCUUUGAUCACACCUUGGUCAGCUGUGGAGCCUUAAAAUGUUCACUGCCUGCAAGGCUGAACUGGUUUAAAAGAGAAAAUAGCACAGGAGAAGUCCAGUCAUUACCCACUGCAUAUUUUUUAUUGAAAACAUAAAAAGGCAUGUUUUCCUGUUAGCAUUCUGAAACUGUCACCAAAAUCACAGUUCACUGGGCAUCAUUUCAAUCCUCAGCAUUGUUUAAUUCACAUCCUGAAGCAGUGCACACACACACAGGACUCGCUUGAGUUUUGUCCCGAUUUUAUUUCUCACCUGAGUACUUCAGUACAUACCACAGCUUCACUUACAUAAAGAGACUAUUAAAGUGUUUCAUUUCUACAACAGCUACACAUGUAGUGUUUCAUUGCUCAGCCAUUGGUCUAAACACAGCUGGACCCUGGCACUCAAACCCCAAAGAAGGAAAAGGCCAGUGACCUGUGGUCAAGUCGCUGUAUGCAUUUUUGCCAAAAAUAAUCAUUUUAAAAAAAAAAGGAAAUAUACACUUGAAAGCCAAAGACAGCAAACCACUGAUCCUUCCUACUGCAGUCUGAACAAUUUGUGUCCGUGUUUGCAGAACAGCUCAAAAACAACAUUGGCAUUUCUUCCCAACGUGCCCUCUCGCCCCUGCGGGCUGCCUAGAGUACAUUCAUAGUAGGAUCAUGGCAAAACAUGGUGUUGUGUGUUAUAUCAGGCAUGAGUGAAGUGUUCUUACAGCAGAUCUGAUGGGGCUUUAGCUGUCAGGUUACACGCACAUACACCGUAAGAACAGAUACAGUAUGGCGCCUCCUGUUAAAAGGCUUGUGGACUACAUGGAUUACAGCUUACUUUACGCUGUUAUUUCAUAGCUAAAAACAUCACUAGUGGAGGAGCAGGAGCUCACUUGAGACACCCUUCCCACAGCUGGGAGGAUGUCUUGGGCCUCCGGCUCAUUGUAUUACACUUCUUCUAAAGACGGUAACUUCAGGGUCUAGGAUCCUUCAUCUGUAGUCAUAACCAGGGCUGCGUGUGAACGGUCAAGGAUUUGAACAUCCACUAUGGAGUGGAGGGGGAAGUAGGGAUGAAUGUGUGUUAGGAACAGGGGCAGUCAGCCUGUUUCUCUCACACCCACAUGAGUUUCAUUAAGGUCCCCUGCCUCUGGGGCAGCAUGGUCUGUAUCAAAACUGAUCCUCACACCCCAGAGCUAUGUGUGUAUGCACAGCACCAAGAUGCUGCACCUGUCAACCUCCAACAACCUUGACAGAAGCAGUUCAGUUUCAAACUCUGUGCUUUAGAAAAUACAGUAAUUUUACUGAAUGUUUAAAAAGAAAAAGAACACAAAACAUAAAGUGUAGCUUUGCCCCUUGGAAUUGUUCACAGCAGAGAAUGAUAGAGUUGGCUGCAGUUGAACCCGACACCACAGCAGGAAUGCGAAUAGGAGAGGACACACCUCUGCGGGAGUACACCUGAACACAGCUAGGAACCUCAGUGAACGUGCAGUUCUUUACCCAGAACCCCUCAGAGCUUGAACAAUGGAAGGCGUGAGCCGCAGAGCAGGGUGUGUCUCUUCCACAGAGGGGGUGGGGGGGGGGGAGGGAAAAGAAAAAAAAAAAAAAAAAAAAAAAAACCCACA